AUGCCCAGUAACUUUAAUAUUAAUCUAGAGUGAUUUAAGGAUUGGAUAUUUUUGGAUAAUCAAUUACUUUUAAUAUUAAUAAAUAGAAAGCUUAUACAACUAUUUUUGGAGGAGUUUCAUCAAUUUUUAUUAUAGCCAUUCUUAUUGCAUUUUUUUAAUCUAAUAUUGUCUCAUUUUUCUAAAAAACAGGUGUUAUUGUUUCUACUGAAACAGAAUUUAACCCAAAUUCUGAUUAAAUUAAUAUGAAUAUUUAAAAUUAUAUGGUGGCCUUUUCAAUCGAAUAAGAGAAUUUUGUAAAUUAGCCUAUGUUCAAUAUCACGAUUGAACAAAGGUAAAACAAAAUUAAUAUUUAUAUAGACAUUACUAUAGAAAUCACCUAGGAAAUUUAGUAAAAUAGGUUGACUAUUUAUAAUUAGAACCAUGCGCAUUAGAACACUUUUAGUUUCUUUUAAAUUAACCUGAUUCUGAUUUUGAAUCACAAUUUAAUUAACUUGACAUUAGUAAAUGGUUAUGCCCAUAGUAAUAAUUAUUCAGUAUAUCUAGAAAAGAUUUUGAAUUUCAUAUGGCAGGAGCAUAUUCUAGCACAGAAUUUCAUUUUAUUAAAGUUAUUGUUAGUGAUUGUGAUGACACAUAAAGUGGAUAUUUAAAUUGGAAACCUACUUGUGCUACUAAAUCUCAAAAAGAAAAUCAUUUGAAAAAAGAAGGAUAAUUUAAAUUGUAAAUUUUUUAAGUUAACUCUAUUGUUAAUCCUAAUUCUCCCUCUUAGUACUAUUAAUCUUAUCUUGAUGGAGAAAUGUAUUUUACCUUUGUUCCACAAAAAUUAUCUAGACAAGCAAAUUUGUUUUAUAGGAAAUAUUAAUUUUAAAAUGACAAUUCAUUAUUACCAUUUUAGUAUGAAAAUUACAUAUGCUUAGAUCUAUAGAUGAGAAAGAAUUAAUUGUUCGUAAAAGUGAAGAUUAUAGAGAUUUAACAGAACUUGGAAGAGAUACAGAUAAAAAUUAUGCCAUUAUUUAUUUUAGAAGAAGUCAAUUUUCAGAAUUUGUUUAUAGAAGAUUUAUAAAGAUAGAUGAAUUAUUGUCAUUUUUAGGAGGAUUUUUAUAAAUUAUGAUUACAGGAUUUGGAAUAUUUAUUACGUAUUACAAUAAAUUAUCAUGUAAGCCUUUUAUUGAUAUUUUAGUAUAAAUUGAAUUGUGUAAUAAAUUGUAUAAUUUUCCAGGAUAAUUUAUAAAAGAAUCUUAACUUUAAAACAAUAAAGUUUAAUAACACCUAGAAGGUUCAAUGAUUAAUGAAUCAAAAUUGGUUGUCAAUCCUGAAUAAGGAACUUCAAAAGCUACAUUGAUAUUUGAUAAAGAGGAUUUUUCAUUUCAAAAAUCCAUUUUAAAAUUAUUUGAACAAUCUUAAAGAUUAACAUUAUCUUUAAAAUCUUUAAUCAAUCAUUUAUCGUUAAGGUUAUUUUUUAAUAAUGAAGAAACUGAACUUUUUUAAAAAGCUAAGUAUCGAUGUUAACUAAUAUAGGAAUACCGUAGAUUAAAAUUUGGAUAUUCAAGAGAUUUUAUAUUAGUUACAAGAAAUAUCUAGAUUAAAAUUAUUGAUGCUAACUAAGAAUCAAAUAACAUUAUUUAAUUUCAUUCCAAAACCCAAUUUGACAUUAGUAGAUGAAGAGCAACUUCCAAAUAGAUUAUAAAUUGAAUAAAAAUUAUCCUAGUAAGAGAAAUAAAAUGUUAAUAAAGACGAAAUAAUAAAUGAACUUUGCAAUGUAUUAUUCUUUUAAUAUAUAAAGGCAUGGCUGGAAAUAAAAUCAGAUUCAAAUCAAAAUUUAUGUUCUUAAGAAUUAAACCGGAGACUCAAUUUAGUAUUGGGUAAAGAAUUUUAAUAAAUAUUUUUUGAAUAUGAGAAAAUAACUAAAAAUUAAAUUUAGAAUUAAUCCGAGAAACCGACUUAAUCUUUAUUUUUGUUCUAAACGUUAAAUUGA